AUGUGCGACGAAGAAGUAGCCGCGUUGGUAGUGGACAAUGGCUCCGGUAUGUGCAAGGCCGGGUUCGCGGGAGACGAUGCCCCUCGGGCCGUGUUCCCGUCGAUCGUGGGCCGCCCUCGUCACCAGGGCGUCAUGGUCGGUAUGGGUCAGAAGGACUCGUACGUCGGCGACGAGGCGCAGAGCAAGAGAGGUAUCCUCACUCUGAAGUACCCCAUCGAGCACGGCAUCGUCACCAACUGGGACGACAUGGAGAAGAUCUGGCACCACACCUUCUACAACGAGCUGCGUGUGGCCCCCGAAGAGCACCCCGUGCUGCUCACGGAGGCUCCCCUCAACCCUAAAGCUAACAGAGAGAAGAUGACCCAGAUCAUGUUCGAGACGUUCAACACUCCCGCCAUGUACGUGGCCAUCCAGGCCGUGCUGUCCCUGUACGCCUCCGGUCGUACCACCGGUAUCGUGCUGGACUCCGGGGACGGUGUGUCCCACACGGUGCCCAUCUACGAGGGAUACGCGCUGCCUCACGCCAUCCUGCGUCUGGACUUGGCGGGCCGCGACCUCACCGACUACCUGAUGAAGAUCCUCACGGAGCGUGGCUACUCCUUCACCACCACGGCCGAGAGAGAAAUCGUUCGCGACAUCAAGGAGAAGCUGUGCUACGUCGCUCUCGACUUCGAGCAGGAAAUGGCCACCGCUGCCUCCAGCAGCUCCCUCGAGAAGUCCUACGAGCUUCCCGACGGACAGGUCAUCACCAUCGGAAACGAACGAUUCCGUUGCCCCGAGGCACUCUUCCAACCCUCAUUCCUGGGUAUGGAAGCCAAUGGCAUCCACGAAACUACUUACAACUCCAUCAUGAAGUGCGAUGUCGACAUCCGUAAGGACUUGUACGCCAACACAGUACUGUCCGGUGGUACCACCAUGUACCCAGGCAUCGCCGACCGUAUGCAGAAGGAGAUCACAGCCCUGGCGCCUUCAACCAUGAAGAUCAAGAUCAUCGCUCCCCCGGAGAGGAAAUACUCCGUAUGGAUCGGAGGCUCCAUCCUCGCAUCUCUGUCGACCUUCCAACAGAUGUGGAUCUCGAAGCAGGAGUACGACGAGUCCGGCCCCUCGAUCGUGCACAGGAAGUGCUUCUAA